AUGUUUUCAAAUGUGACAGUAUCAAAUGCAGUUCUCUCCUGGACUUGCAGUAAUUUAAAGGCAAAGACGGAGUAUAUUAUUGAAGUAAAAGCAGGAACUGUCGUUGGCUUUGGGCCGCCUAGUGUUGUUCACCAAAAGACGUCAGGAAAAGCCGAUGUGAAGUAUGUAAAGAAGUCAAACAAAGCAUAUAUAGCGUUAGCAAAAGCGGGAAUCGCUGCGGGAGUUCUGAGUUUUUUGGGUGUCGUUGGAUUUUUCGUUUUCAUAUCAUUGCUUGUGACAGGUUAUGUUCCUUAUACAAGCCCCUGGAGAAAGCGUCGACGGGAGGUAUGGCGAAAGAAAGCGAUGAGACGGAAUGAAGAAAGAGAAAUACGUUCAAGUGAUUCAGAGGAAUCCGAUUUUAACUCAAGUAUACGUAAUUCUAGUGAGCGUGGAUCAAGCGAUGAUGACUCAGACGGCAGGCCAUCACAAAAGAGAACCGGGAAACAGGAGGGAUCAGGAAGGAAAGGCAGGACAGCUAAGGACGACAGCUAUUCCGAAUCCAUAUAUAACCCCGGCCAUAUAUCUGUAUCCUUACCCAACCCUGAGCAGGGGGAAAUUUACGGCCAAGUUUUACUGAAUGCUUAUGCAAAGAGUUUAAUGGAUAUGCAAUCCAUCUAUGGUGGAAGCACAUACGGCACUCGUCCCGUAGAAAAUAUAUACGGUAACCGAUCGGUAGUUAACAUUCCCCCACCGGGGAACAUAUACGGAGGUAAUAAUCUCCUGCCAGAAAACAUAUACGGUAACCGAUCUGUAGUUAACAUUCCCUCACCGGGGAACAUAUACGGAGGAGGUAAUAAUCUCGUGCCAGAAAACAUAUACGGUAAUCUAUCCGUGGGUAAUUUUGUCCCACCGGAGGACAUAUACGGAGGUAAUAAUCUCGUGCCAGAAAGCAUAUACGGAAAUCUAUCUAUGGGUAAUUUUGUCCCACCGGAAAACAUAUACGGCGAUCUAUCGGUCGGCACUAUUAACCGACCAGGUGAUAGGCAGAAUAGCUGCGCGGUGAUGCCAGAGGAAAUUUAUGGACCAAAUGUCAAUACCCUAAGUGUACACAACUAUCCCAGCAGUGUGACCUCAGAGAAUCUUUAUGGUACACAUUAGUGAUCAUAAUCUUCGAUAUUAUUGAUAACAA